AUGGAAGGCUUGGUGAGCACUAGGGCGGAUUCGAACUUCCGAUCAAUCGUGCAGGUAGCGGAACCUCCUGCCGACCGCGCCACACCCGCUAUUUAUAACCAAUACAAAUCUUUUCAACCAGGUUUCGAGACCUGCGUUAUCAAGACGACUGAUAAGAUGGUGACAUUGCUCGACCACUUCCAUAACAUAUCCAUGGACAAUGACCUCAUUACAGGUGACUUCUACGGUUCCGUUAUGUCAUCAUCAUCGCUUCGAAGCUUUUCGUCUGGUUACGUUUCAAGUUCAUCGAAAAUUGGCGGCUCGUCCGGACUCACUCAAAUCGUUCCACCUCCGAAACCACCGAGACUAUGCUACACCGACAGUCGCUUUAAUCAGACGGAUACGUACUAUAAGGAGGUCGAUCAUACUCUGUCAGCGGUGAUGAAUGGGUUGACAUUUCAGCUGCAGUCCGGCAUUCAUAAACGGACGUUGACCGUCGACUCACCAGAGAUUUCGCUACGGGAUCUGCGAUCCGAGGGAUACAAGUUCAUACAAGAUAUUUAUCCAGAAGGUGUGUGCGAUUCGCUACAGGACCAUAUUUUGCUCUAUAAACAUGAUCUACGUUCGAUAAACAUCCUACAAUUGAUCACGACGAGUUCCGAUAUUACCGAAGGCACGCUGGUUGAGAUUGUCAUCAGCUCCUGCCCGCAACAUGAGCGGCUGGUGGUGCAUCCACACACACUCUACGUGCAUUCCUAUAAGGCACCAACAUUUUGUGAUUUCUGUGGUGAACUUCUUUUCGGUCUCGUCAAACAAGGACUUAAAUGUCAAGGUUGUGGCCUGAACUAUCAUAAAAGAUGCGCGUCAAAGAUCCCGAACAACUGCAACGGUUCACGACAAAGGAGACCAAGCGCCAUUCCAUUGUCACCUACCACAUCAAACGUGCUAAACUUUUGUGGGGACAGGCGGCAAUCCCGUCGUGACUCCUGUCUGGAUGGAUUGGAUACGGCUCGACCAUCUUCAACUAUUGGUAGUAUACAAUUGGCUCCAGAUAUUUUCAUCACACCCGAUGCAGAUUGUGGUGAUCCUGUCGGAGGCAAUUUUUUGCAAAUGCCUCGAAAAGAUCGCAGUUGUUCGUGGAGUGGACGGCCAUUGUGGAUGGAGGUUGCUGAAGCUACAAGGGUCAAGGUACCACACACUUUUCAAGUGCACAGCUAUAAACGGCCAACUGUUUGCCAAUACUGUAAGAAGCUCCUCAAAGGACUCAUACGUCAAGGCAUACAAUGUCGAGACUGCAAAUAUAAUUGUCACAAGAAGUGCAGCGAAUUCGUUGCUAAGGAUUGUCCCGGUAACACUUCGUCCAAUCACUUCUUAUUGGGUACAUCUGACGAUGGUCGGAGUCUCGGUGGCAGCAUGGAGAAUCUGCGCAUGUGCAGUGUGCCGUACGAUGCGGAUCAAGCAGCGGGAACAACAGAAGACCACGGAGAUGAUCUACGUGGUCACAAGAAGGCGCAAAACACACCGAGCGCUCCAUUACAUGGAUCCGAAAAUUUCAACGGUCAAUCAAGCCCGGAUGAUGAUGUGAUUAGCACAGAGAGCCAGAAUAUUCCUCUUAUGCGAGUUGUUAUGUCGAAGAAACAAACAAAACGGAAAAGUAAUAAGGUAUUGAAAGAAGGUUGGGUGGUGCACUAUACGAAUCAAAUGAAUAUGAGGAAGAAACACUAUUGGCGAUUGGAUACGAAAAGCCUAAUCAUGUACCAGGAUGAAACCUCGACGCGAUACUUUAAGGAAAUCCCAUUAAAUGAGGUUCUGGAUCUAAAGAACAUAGAUCACGACACGCUGAAGCGAUCUCGAACUCACUAUUUUGAGAUACGCACCCAGGACUGCACCUACUAUAUUGCUGGUUCACCAUCAGGAGACGACUCGUUGGACUCGGCGCAAUCAUGGUCGGCGGCGAUCCAGGCGGCACUGAUGCCGGUCACACCACAAUCGUCAACCGCUGGUCAAAAACGAGGAAACGACAUGGCGAAACUGAAAGUCCCUAAUGAAAGCGAAAGAGGACGACUUGGCACUACUAUUCAAAGUGAACAGGAAUUCUCUCAGCUUUAUCAGCUGUUUGCUGAAGAGGUUCUCGGAUCCGGUCAAUUCGGCACUGUUUAUGGUGGAAUUCAUCGAAAAUCCGGGAAACAUGUUGCUGUAAAAUUAAUAGACAAAUUGAAAUUCCCGCCAAACAAAGAGGAUUUAUUACGAGCCGAAGUACAUAUAUUGCAGAAAGUCCAUCACCCAGGUGUUGUUGAUUUCCAACAAAUGCUUGAAACCCCGGAUCGAAUAUUUGUUGUCAUGGAAAAGUUGAAGGGUGAUAUGUUAGAGAUGAUAUUGUCAAGCGAGAAAGGACGGCUAAGCGAGAGGAUCACGCAAUUCCUUGUUGCGCAGAUUCUUGUUGCUCUUCGCUAUCUCCACAAUCAAAAUAUCGUCCAUUGUGAUUUGAAGCCAGAGAACAUCCUGUUGACUUCGAAUUCGGAUUUUCCGCAGGUGAAACUCUGCGAUUUUGGCUUCGCGAGGAUCAUCGGUGAGAAAUCGUUCCGUCGAUCCGUGGUAGGCACUCCGGCCUAUCUUGCACCGGAGGUGCUUUGUAACAAAGGUUUCAAUCGUUCUCUGGACAUGUGGAGUGUUGGAGUGAUUGUGUACGUCAGCCUUUCUGGUACGUUUCCCUUCAACGAGGACGAAGACAUUCUUGAUCAAAUACAAAAUGCUGAGUUCAUGUAUCCACCUAAUUUAUGGAAGGAAAUCGGUGAUAACGCAAUCGAAUUCAUCAACGGCCUACUCCAGGUGAAAAUGAGUAAACGAUUCACAGUCUCAAAGGCGCUAGCACACAUUUGGAUGCAGGGAUAUGAGCUUUGGUCGGACCUUCGGCUAUUGGAGAAAACAGUUGGUGAACGAUUUUUGACGCACGAAAGUGACGAUGCACGAUGGAGUGAGUUCGAGAAGGACCACAAUCUUACGCCCGUUUACGUUUAG